AUGAAGAUGCACAUAGGCGCCAUUUUCGGCACCUUCGUCAUUGCGUACCUUUCUACCGUGCUACAUGCUCAGGCUGCCACGAAGAAGGACGACAACGCAUUGACAUUCGAGAAAUUUAUGACGAAGACCCGUGGCUAUCAUGGAGGCAUACCUGUGCCAGGGGUUGACUUCGAACUCAAUAUGGAGCCGCUGCCUUGGAAUCACCCACGGAAUCGUCCUUAUUGGCGCCCCUUGUAUGCUGAUGAAAUUGAGGACCGCCGCGCCAAGAGACGAAAGGCUGCAGCUGCUCGCAAACCAUCUGCUGGCAGCAGCUCCGACAAAUCUACGGCUCCAGGCGCUCCCAAACCGUCUGCUGGCAGCAGCUCCGACAAAUCUAAGCCCCCAGGUGCGCCCAAACCAUCUGCUGGCGGCCGCUCCAAGAAAGCAAAGACUCCAGGUGCUCCCAAACCAUCUGCUGGCAGUAGUUCCGACGAAGCUAAGGCCCCCGGUGAGGCCAAACCCUCUUCUGGCGGUCGCUCCAAGAAAGUUAAGACUCCCGGUGCGCCCAAACCCUCUUCUGGCGGUCGCUCCAAGAAAGUUAAGACUCCCGGUGCGCCCAAACCGGCGAAACGGACCGCUGACGCACAAGACGCUAAUUCUGGCUCGUACGAGGACGAUGAUGAAUACUAUGACGACGAUGAAGAGUAUUAUGAUGAUGAGUACUAUGACGACGAUGAUGAGUAUUAUGAUGAUGAGUACUAUGACGACGACGAUGAGUAUUAUGAUGAUGAGUACUAUGACGACGACGAUGAGUAUUAUGAUGAUGAAUAUUAUGACGACGAUGAAUAUUCUGGUAGUGACUACUAUGAUGAUGAUGAAUAUUCUGGUAGUGACUACUAUGACGACGAUGAGUACGAGGAUUAG